AUGAUCGUCGACGGCUACUUCGCCUUAAAGGUCAUGCUCGCGGAAAAGAGGGUCGCCGCAGGGGAAGAGAGCGAAUACGACCCUUACGAUUCAGUUUUUGGAGCUAUGAGAAAACCAAAUUUUUUUUUACUUUCAGGUCUCAAACGAAACAUGUUACUCCUCGAGAACCACAUCCCGUUUUUAGCCCUCACUAUUUUGGCAGUUAUGGAUGGUUCGGGGGGGUUAACUGACCAAGUCUUGAGGAGGCAAACCGAAACUAGCUGUCACAUCUUGGAUCUUUACAGAAAGAUAUUCACAAGUGCGGGAGAGUACCUUUCGAGCAAUGUGAAGAAUUUACAAUCAUCUACAGAACUCAAAACUGCUAGAGUAUCAUUCCGUAAGAGCAACACUAAGUCCUUUAGAAACACAAGUUUCAAUGACGACGUUUUAUCACUGUUGUCGCUAGAAAUUGAUGACAACACUGAGUCAAUCCUGCUUAAUCUCAUGGCCUUCGAGCACUUGCAUAUGGCUCCAGCCAACGAAGUGACAGCGUACGUCUUUUUCAUGGAUGGGCUCAUCAAAUCUGUCGACGAUGUUGCUUUGUUGAGGACUGAAAAGAUUAUUAUGGGGUGGGUGGGCUAUGAUGGAAAUAUAGUCACCCUGUUUAACAGGAUUAAAAAGGGAGCAACUUUGACUGUUAACACAGUUGAUAUACCGGUCGAUGUGAAUAGUAGGCUGAAUAGUUACUGUAAUAAAAGGAUGCACUGGCGGAGGGUGAUCCUUGUUCAGACAUAUCUUCAAAAUUGGGACUUCACCUCAUUCUCAACAUAUCUUAAGAAUCCUUGGGUCUUCACCUUUCUAGGCGGUUCAUUUUUCAUGGCUCUAUCUAUAAUUCAGAUUGUGUACGCUGUCCGACAGUUUUAUCAAUGCUCAUGUUAG